AUGUCCCGUGACUCGUCACGCGUGUCCAAAUCGAAAUCGAAGACCUCUUCCAACUCUGCGCUCAAGCGCCUAACACGCGAGAUAUCCGAUCUACCUGCUCUCCCAUCCGACACCUAUGUCCACCUUGGCCCUGCGACCGAUGAAGAUAUCUUCUCCUGGGAAGCCGUGCUAAAGGGUCCCCGUGAUCCAGCGUCACCCUAUUUCGGUGGUCUCUGGCUACUCGAGAUCUCCGUACCGUCCAACUACCCCAACCACCCGCCCAAAGUACACUUCAAAACACCCAUAUGCCACCCGAACGUGCACUUCCAGACAGGCGAAAUCUGUCUCACGCUGCUGACGAGUGAACACUGGGCGCCUACAUACACGCUCGCAAGCACCAUGGAGGCAAUUCAGCAGCUGCUGUCAGAUCCAGGAUUGGACAGUCCACUGAAUGUCGACGUGGCGAAUCUAUAUAGGGAGGGAGACGAGAUAGCCGCUGAGGGGCUGGUCCGGUUUUGGACGGUGGAAAAGAGAUGGCAUGGGGAGGGAAAGGCGGGGUGGAUCAGCGAGAGAGCACCAGGCACUGGCGGCCAUCUAGAACUGUAG